AACGUGUUUGCUGGGGGAACAAAAUAUCUGGAAGUGACCGUGAAGUGUCAUGUCGUCUCCGGCAGUUCUAGGCUGACUUUUACCUCCCCCCCCCCUCCUCUCUCUGUGUAAACUGGAGCCGCGGUGCAGGGCGGAGAGGAGUGACUGGGACAGACGGACAGAGAGCGGCAAUCACAGUCGACUCUAUACUAUUUGAAACUACAUUGCGUUUAUCAGCGUCAGAGAUGACAGGGGGCUUCAUGUGGACGACUGGGCUGGUUCUUCUCGCAGUCUGUGUGAAGGUUGCUGUAUGGGCCAGUGACGGGGGUGCAGUGUUCAUCAGAGAAUACACUCUGAUUAGACGAGACCACCUUCCAGAAGAGCCUCUCCAUGAUGUCAGCCAAAAACCAGAAGACCCUAAUUCUCGGACGGCCCGAUCAGAAGAGGACAGAGACACUCUGUGGGAUGCCUGGGGCUCAUGGAGUGAAUGUUCCCGUACCUGUGGAGGAGGCGCCUCAUACUCCCUCAGACGAUGCCUUAGUUCCAAGACCUGCGAAGGGCAGAAUAUCAAAUAUCGCACAUGCAGUAAUGUGGACUGCCCUCCAGAUGCUGGUGAUUUCCGUGCCCAGCAGUGUUCCGCUCAUGCAGACGUGCAUUACCAGGGUCAGUACCAUGAGUGGCUGCCUGUGUACAAUGACCCGGAAAACCCCUGCACUCUCAAGUGCAAAGCCAAGGGCUUGGGCCUUGUGGUGGAGCUGGCACCAAAGGUGCUGGAUGGGACCCGCUGUUACACCGAGUCCUUGGACAUGUGUAUCAGUGGAGUCUGCCAGAUUGUAGGUUGCGAUCAUGAGUUGGGGAGCACAGUAAAGGAGGACAACUGCGGUGUCUGCAAUGGAGAUGGCUCCUCCUGCAGACUGGUGCGAGGACACUACAAAUCCCAGCAUGCUUCAGGAAAAACUGAGGACACAAUUGUUGUCAUCCCCUAUAAGAGUCGUCAUGUACGUCUAGUCCUGAAAGGCCCGGAUCACUUGUAUGUGGAAAGUAAGACACUGGAAGGGGUAAAAGAUGAACUGGUCUUGGAUAAAACAGGGCAGUACCACCUGGAAAACACCACCUUGGACUUUCAGAAACUUUCAGAUAAGGAGGUCCUGAGAAUCACUGGCCCACUUGGAGCUGACCUCACAGUCAAAGUGCAGUUUGCCAGUGGAGCAGACAGUGUGGUCCAGUACAUAUACUACCAGCCCAUCAUCCACCGUUGGAGAGAGACCGACUUCUUCCCUUGCUCCGUCACGUGUGGUGGAGGGUACCAGCUAACCUCAGCAGAGUGCUUUGAUCUUCGGAGCGGCCGGGUGGUGGUGGAUCAGUAUUGCCAUUAUUACCCAGAGAACGUCAAGCCUAAACCCAAACUCCAGGAGUGCAACAUGGAGCCCUGCCUGGCCAGUGACGGCUACAAGCAAAUUAUGCCAUAUGACCUCUACCACCCCCUGCCCCGAUGGGAGAGCAGUCCCUGGACCGCCUGCUCCACCUCAUGUGGCGGAGGCAUCCAGAGUCGCUCCGUAUCCUGUGUGGAGGAAGACAUGCAAGGUGUCAUCACUCUCACUGAGGAAUGGAAAUGUCUCUACUCCCCCAAGACGGCUAUCCUGCAGCCCUGCAACACCUUCGACUGCCCCACUUGGCUGGCACAGGAAUGGUCACCUUGCACAGUGACCUGUGGUCAGGGUCUGCGCUACAGGGUGGUGUUAUGCAUCGAUCACAGAGGACUCCAUGCUGGAGGUUGUAACCCCACCACCAAACCCCAUAUCAAAGAGGAGUGCCUGGUGACCGUGCCCUGUUAUAAGUCCAUAGAUACGCUCCCAGUUGAGGCAAAACCUGUGUGGCAUAAGCAGGCCAUAGAGCUGGAGGAGGAGAUAAGUGUUACUGAGGAACCAACCUUCAUCCCUGGUCGCUGGCAGCCCUGCAGCAGGACAUGCGGCGCCGGGACCCAGCAACGGACCGUCAAGUGUCAGGUGUUGCUAUCCUUCUCCCAGACUGUUGCUGACCUGCCUGAUGAUGAGUGUGAGGGGGUCAAACCUGCUACGAGCCAGCCUUGCUACCGUACUCCUUGCUCUGGUGUCUUGGGCAAAGGAAAAGAAAGGGAAAAGGAGGAGGAGGUGGAGGAGGAGAGGGGGCCAACGCCUGAAAGAGAAGAACUACAUGACUGGGAGUAUGAGGGAUUUACAGAGUGCUCAGAAAGUUGCGGGGGAGGUGUGCAGGAGGCUGUGGUCAUCUGCCUGAACAAGCAGACCAGAGAGGCAGCAGACCAGAGCCUGUGUGUGAGCACCCGUCGGCCCCCACAACUCCUCCAGGACUGCAAAGCACAGCCCUGCCCACCCAGGUGGGAAACAGGGGAGUGGAGUUCAUGCUCUGCUACCUGUGGGGUUGGUCUUAUGACCCGCACUGUGGCAUGCACUCACCGGCCCUCUAGGGACAGCAAUCGUACUCGGGUUUUGAGGGAUGAAGACUGCCAGAACCCAAAGCCCAGUCCUGUCCAAGCCUGCAACCGCUUUGACUGCCCUCCUAUGUGGGACACAGGUGACUGGAGACAGUGCUCCCAGAGCUGUAGUGGGGGAUAUCAAAGUAGGCAGGUACUGUGCAAACAGCGGUUGGCAGAUGGCAGCAUCCUGGAGCUGCCUGAUACCUUUUGCCCUUCCAAGAGCCCUGCAAACCAGCAGCCCUGUGCAAAGCAAGAGUGCCCACCUCAGUGGGUCACAACUGGCUGGUCCCAGUGUUCAGUGACCUGUGGAAAAGGCAUUCAGAGACUACAGGCAGUCUGCAGAAAACAAGGGGAAGAUGGGGGACAUUCGAUCGUGGAGCCUGAGAACUGCUCCCUGAUGGCCCAGCCCACCAGAAUCCGGCCAUGCUCCCUCAGGCUCUGUGAGAACUCUGUCAAGCCCUAUCCCACCAUACUGGCCCAGAGGAAGGUGUAUAUUCAGUGGAGGAAGGGCAAAAAGUUACACUUGGUAGUAGGCGGCUAUGCAUACCUGUUCCCCUGGACAACUGUGGUCCUUCGCUGCCCAACCCGCCACUUUCGCAAGAGCCACAUCCGAUGGUUGAAAGAAGGAAAGCCCUUGUUCAGCCUUUCACACCUCUCCAUAACAUCACUAGGGUACUUGAAGAUUCAGCAGGUUCGUGCAUCUGAUGCUGGGAUAUACACAUGCGUCGCAGGUCAGGCCAAAGAACAUUUUGUCCUACAGAUCAUAGGCAGCAAGCAGAAGCUCUCCGUUCCAGAGCCAUGGCUCCUCACAGGUGGACAACAAAAGGUUGGGCUGCCAGGUGUGGCCUCAACAGGAGAAAGAUCUCAGGAGCUACCCAUUCCCCUCAACCAAUAUGACAACAUUGUUGAACAUUUGCUUGAACUCAAAAGCUCUCUCCAAGAUGAAGAAGACAUUGCUGAUAAAACACACUCUAGUGAAAAGAACAGGUCGACCCUGAGGGUUGAGAAAACAAACUCAGAACUUUCAAGCCUGCUCGUACUCACCACUGAUACCCACAGGCUUGAUGAGAUCAUGCACAAUCUCUCUGAAGGCCUCGGAGGACCACGGGGGGAACAACUCAUUGCACAGUUGCUCAGUGAGCUCACUAUGACACAAGGUGAAACCAAUGAGUCUACGCUUCAUCCCCCAGAAAGUGCAGAAUCCUCCACGCAAGGGCCCCUCCUUUAUAAACCUAACAUCCAAGCCCAUGCAUCCAGGCCAAGAAACCCGGUAAUAAUACAACGGCCCAGGAAGGUCGGAGUGGUGCCGUCACCUGAAAUGAUAGUUCAUGUGGGACUGCCGGUUUUGCUGCAAAAACCCAUUGCUAGUUUGGAGUUGAGGUGUGAGGCACUGGGGAGCCCUGAACCAUCCCUAACAUGGACAAAGAAUGGAGAAGUGUUGCAGUACAACAGCAGAGUAGGACUGUUGCCCACUGGCUCAUUGAGGAUCCAGUCUCCAAGCAAGGUGGACGAGGGUCUGUACACCUGCACUGCCAGGAACAGUCUCGGAUCUACAUCUCUUACUUCUUUGCUGCACAUGACAGGUGGUAAAGGAAGAAACUGUGUCCAAGGUAACAGCAUGGGAGCAAGUGACCCUGUUUGCUCUGAGAGGAUUAAUGGCAGCCAGUCAGCUGAGCUGUGCCAUGGACAAGCCUGCCCCCUGAGGUGGCGAGUGGAUCCUUGGUCACCAUGCUCAAGCAGUUGUGGAGGUGGGUCCCAGACCAGGAGUGUCCGCUGCAUGAAGGGUCCUGAGGGCAGAUCAAGAGAGGUGGAGAGCCACCACUGCCUUGGAAUGGGGAGGAGACCCUCUGACACCAGGCUAUGUAACCUACUUCCCUGUGCCAGGUGGACCACUACCCACUGGGGGCUGUGUCAUGGUCAAUGUGUGGGUCCAAGUUUGGCCACACAGCACCGCCACGUUUACUGCCAAGACACAAACGCCACCAAAGUCCCCUCCAGGAUGUGCAGUGGACUCCAGAGGCCCAGCUCCCUGAAGAAUUGCUCGACAGAGGCCUGUGCCCUUCAUUGGCGCGUGGGGCCGUGGACGCAGUGCACUGCCACCUGUGGACGGCAUGGUUUCCAGUCACGCCAGGUGACCUGCACACACCGUCGAACUGGAAAGGCCACACGUGAGCAUCACUGCAUGUGGAGGCCUCGCCCUCCCAGCUGGCAGCGAUGCAAUAUUUUGUCCUGUGGCAGAGCAGGAGAGUGUCAAGACAGCACAAGGUACUGUGAGAAGGUCCGACAGCUGGAGCUUUGUCCGCUGCCCCAGUUUAAGAGCCGCUGCUGUCAUUCCUGCCGAAACACCUGAGGCAGGGACGUAAGACAGGGACCAUGGAUGACCUGGUUAAGUCAGGGAAGACAUUCACACAGCCAACAGAGACUUGAAACCGCUACGCCCUGUCCUAACACCCACAACUGUCUUCAAUGAACAGUCUUGGAUGGGGAUACCUGAGUGUGGUGGAAUGUCUGGAUGGGGAUACCUAGAGCGGCUGUGAUCUACUUUCCUCAAAGAUAUCAUGUGUGGGUUUCAAUGUGAACGUUUUGAGAGGAGUGACAUGUCUGACAGCUUUCCUAAAUUAUUCAAAUGUAACUAAGAGACAUUUCCACUGUGAGUAAUAGAAACUUGUGGUGCAUGAAUUCAUCAUGGGGAACUUAUUAUAGCGGUGACUAAGCAACCUGUCUGCAUUAAUGGUAUCUGGUGUAGUUUCAGUGGUUUCCUAAAACAGAUGGAACAAAAGUGCUACAACAUUGUAGCGCCAUCACUUCAUGUCCAAAUAAGGGUGCAUAUUAUCAUGGAAUUUAGCAUACAAUACACAAAUAUGUAAUUAAUAUACUGUUUUUAAUUGAUUGAAUUCAUACCCAGGGAUUCUGGGUAGACCCCUGAGCUUUUGAUAACCACUGGUGUGUGUUUGCCUUUAUUUCAGUGGUCUCUAAAUCAGUGUUUUCCGUCAAAUAUUGAUACUAAAUGAGCUUAGGUAUGAGGUAUAGGUAAACUCAACAGAAAUACAGCAUAAUACUGCCUACAAAUGGGAAGUAGCUACCGUGACUAAAAGCCUAUGAUCAAUGGUAUACAUUUGGUAUCAGCUGCCUCGGAAAGAGAUCAUGAUCUGUGCUAUCAUUUUAGGUUUUUAAGCACGUGUUUACCGUAAUGAUUGGUCAAGUCGUUCAUUAAAGAGGAAAGGAAUUAAGGAUUGCAUGUGUUUGAAGUGCAUUUUGGCAGAAUAAAAAGUAGGACAUGAUAAAGAUUUAUCUUGCAUGGGUUGCACUACGGAGGUGUAUGACUGAAGUAAGUCAGUUUUUGGAGAGAAAAAAAAGACUUAAUUUGCACUCAACUCAUCCAAGUCUUUGUUAAGAACAUGACUUGUAGAGUUAAAAAAAAAAAAGUAAAAUUUAGUUUGUAAUGUUACAGUGUUUAUAUAUUUUGUUUUGUGAUUUUGGUAUUUCUUGGAAAGAUAUUUGUUCCUUUAACCACUUUGUGAUGUUACAGCGCGUUUAAACAUGGGGGUGGGGGGGGCAGAAUAGUUCCUAGCUGAGCUAAUAAAGCUCAAUUUAUCCUGUCCACCAAAUGAUAUUUUUGCUUUAGUGUGACAUUAUAGGGGAAAAAAGCAGUGUGUUACAUUUGACCGCUCUUAUGUAACGCUUCUUCCUUUCAGAUUUCUCUGUUAGCUGAACUUAAAAUAUGUAAACAAGACCUGUGUUAUAUUUUGAUUUGAUUUAUUUUGAGAGGAUAACAUAAUUAACACAUUACUUAUGCUCUUAAGUUAUGUAGAUAUUUGUUUUGUCCUUCUAACUAUUUAUUUUCAUGUGUGUUCUUGUGCAUAGUUUUGUAAAUAAUUACAGGGGUGGGUUUUAAGUAUUCUUUUCCCUACAGUUUCUCUGGUAUUUGAUGUGCAUGCAAUGGGGACCCUCUGCUGGUGACUUGACGUGUAGCUCUGUGCUCAUGGCUGGUUAAUCAUUAAAUAAAACCAAAUACAUUCCUUUUA